GUCACUUCUUUCACCGGAGUUUAAGGGCUGCCACCUCUACCGAGAUUGAACUUUGUAAGUCUCGUUUGAAUUAUCUCGGUGGAUAUCGAUACAUCGAUGAAAUUAAAUUGAAACUAAAUUUAAACAUGGGUGUAUUUGUUGCAUAUGAAUAUUUCAAGGGCUUUGUUUUGCCAUACGAUUAUAUAAAGAAUUCGAUAAUGUAAUCUAAGUAAUGUUGAGUUUAAUUUUAAUAAUAUUUAUAUUUAAAACAUAUUAUGAAUUGUGCGUCGCUGUUACUUAAGAUUGAGGAUUUCAUAUGAUAAAAAAAAGAUCCCUUUGAGUCCACCACGGCUAUGACGCUCGGACGUUUGGGAGGAAAGAUGUUUAUUUCGUCGUGGACAUUCGCUGGAGUAAAUACUUCAAGAAAAAAAUGUUGGCUAGAGUCUUCCGGACCAAUUUCUGACCCAUUCUCCGUUGUUCAUCUUGCACAAUUACUGGUAAUACGUGCUUAGUUCCUUCAUUUCUUGCAUGUGUAAUUCAUAAAUUUCUUGCAACCUCUUCUGAACGUCUUCGAAAACUUCUUUGUCACCGUAGAUGCGUCACAGUCGAUCCAUUUCAAUAAAUAAAAAUAUCUUAAGAGAAAAAAAAAUUAAUUUGGUUUUUGUUGCCUAAUUAUCUUUACAGAAAACAUCGGGGGGUUAGGGGGGUGCAUCGGGUAUCCAGUCGGAGUAAUAUUGGAGACUUUGGACAAAAGGAGAAGGAUUAAUUGUUAAUAAAUAAAUACCUUGUUGACGGCAACUGAGUUAAAUGCGGGGAAGAGCUGCUCCUGGGGCCAGAUUUUUAUCCAAUUCUGUUUUCAAAAGUGUAGACCUAAUGUGACAAAGACCGAUUAAUGUUUGAAGACUAAUGUUUGACUGAUUGACGUUUUACCGACUCCAUUUUUUAAUACUGAUGUUUCACCGACCGAUCUUUCACCGAUUAAAGUUUGACCGACUAAUUUUUGAACAACUAACGUUUGACAGACUAAAGUUUUACAGACUAAUUCUGAACCCACUCAAGUUUGAGCAGCUACUGUUUGACCGACCAACGUUUAACCAGCUACUAUUUGACCGACAAAAGUUUGACCAACUUCUGUUUGACCGACCAAAGUUGGACCAACUACCGUUUGACCGAUCAAAGAUUGAACAACUACUGUUUGACCAAUCAAAGAUUGACUAAUUACUAUUUGACUGUCCAAAGUUGGACCAACUGCUGUUUGACCGACCAACGUUUGACCAGCUACGAUAUUAACCGUCCAUAGUUUAGCCGAGUAAUGUUUUACCGAAUAAAGUUUCACCGACUCAUUCUCAUGUUUGAACGAUUUUCUUGAUCUGAAAUACAGUUGUUCGUUUUCCCUCCAGCAGUUAACAAGAAAUCAACAAAGCCAUGGCAAUGAUUGCUCUGAUAACAGCAACAUUCCUCUUGGUUCUUGAAAUCGCCAAUGGACAAAGUAAGCAUUCAGUAGAUUCAGAAGGCCUUGUUACAGGGGUCUUGGCGCUUAGUUUGACUUAAUACAGUUUGUUAGUGCUAACUGACCUAACAUUUACUAAAACAAUUUUGUAAAGACUCAAGCGAUUUAAAAUAAAUUAUUAUUUUUAAUCUGAAAGGAAAUAGGAGAUAUUUCAGCAUCAAAUUAAAAAAAAACAACACAUUUUUCUACACGUUUAAUAGCUAGCACUAUUAUAGCAAGACUAAUUCAUAUUGUAUGUUAUGUUUUAUGCCUUCUGUGUGUCUUUCAGCCUAAUGUGUGUCCAAUGUCUUUCCGUCAAAUGUGUGUCCACUGUCUUUCCGUCCAAUGUGUGUCUCUGUCUUUCAGUCCAAUGUGUCCACUGUCUUUCAGCCUAAUCGUGUCCACUGUCUUACAGUCCAAUUUGUGUCCACUGUCUUUCAGCCUAAUGUGUGACCACUGUCUUCUAGUCUUAUAUGUCACCACUGUCUUUAAGCCUUACAUCUGACCACUGUCUUUUAGCCUUAUAUGUGAUCCCUGUCUUUCAGCAUUAUCUGUGACCACUGUCUUUUAGCACUAUAUGUGACCACUGUCUUUUAGCAUUAUAUCUUCCCACAUUUUAUGUGCCCUGUGUCUUUCAGCCUGUACUGACCCUAUUGUCCAAGCUGGCAGUGGCUACUUUGGCCACCCAAUAUACUGCCAACUGUUUUACCAAUGUGACACCGGACUGAACCGCUUCGAGAUGGUCUGUGCCCCGGGCACCGUUUACAAUAAUGACCUCAUGACCUGUGUGACGCCAGACCGAGCAGUGUGCAACAACUGUAAGUUUUAGAUCUGUGUGCCGCCAGAAACAUUUAUGUGCCGCCACUGUAAGAAUUAGAUAUGUUUGACGCCUACUGUAAAUAUUAGAUCUGUGUGCCGCCAGUGUAUUAAGAAAGCUUACAUCUUAUGAAAGAAAGCAUCGAGUAUUUUAAGAAUAACACCAUCUAACUUCCACAACAACCCAGCAACCAAAACAACAACCCAGCAACGAAAGCAACAACCCAGCAACCAAAGCAACAACCCAGCAACCAAAGCAACAGCCCAGCAACCAAAGCAACAACCCAGCAACAAGUCCCGAGCCGGAGCGAACCGCCUACAGCAGUGGUUCUCAACCUUUCUAGUGCCGCGACCCCCUAAAUACUGUUUCUCGUGUCGUGGCGACCCCAGAGCCACGCAAUUAUUUUCGUUGCUACUUCAUAACUGUAAUGAUAUAAUAUGUUUUCAGAUGGUCUUAGGUGACCCCUGGAAAAGGGUCCCGCGACCCCCCAAAGGGGUCGCGACCCACUGGUUGAGAACCGCUGGUCUACAGCAUACUUCUGCCUCUUCCUGUAUAUUUUUUAGGCCCUAACAUUAGAGACCGACAGAAUUUCGGCUUCGGCUUCGGUUUUGGCGCCGAAAGUGGCCAUUUUAUCACUUUCGGCCAAGUUUCGGUUUCGGCCGAAAGACAAAAGUUAACAUUCGUUUUUUACGGUUUCGGCCGAAAUUGACUUAGACUUUCGGCCAUGUGGGUGGCCGAAAGUGACUGAGGUUUUCGGUCAUCUAAUACUCAGCGAAAGCGAUAUAUACAAACAAACUUAGACGAUCUUUCAGAACAAAUUAAGCGAUCUUUAAGAACAAACUAAACGAUCUUUAAAAACAAAUAAAGCGAUCUUUAAGAACAAAUUAAGCGAACUUUGAGCACAAACCAAGCGAUAUUUGACAACAAACUAAGCGACAUUUAAGAACAAACUAAAUGAUCUUUAAAACAAACUAAGCGAUCUUUAAGAACAAUCUAAGCGAUCUUUAAUAACAAACGAUUUUAAAGAACGAACUAAAUGAUCUUUAAUAGCAAACUAAAUGUUCUUUAGGAAUAAACAAAAAGUCUUUAAGAACAAAAUAAAAGAUCCUAUAUUAUAUGUUUACUUAUUAAUAUUCACGAUUAUCUCAUUUUUUUAUGAAAAGAAUGUAAAUAUUUAUACUUUCCCCCAUCAUUUUCGAUGUAUGCAGAAUGUAUACGGGAACGAAUUUCAAAAUAUUUAACUAUUUCAUUUUCGGUUUCGACUUUGGCUUCAGUUUCGGCCGAGAGUCAUUUUAAAACUUUCGGCCUAUUUUCGGUUUCGGCCAAAAGUCAUUCUAAACUUUCGGCCUAUUUUCGGCUUCGGCCGAAAUCAGAAAAUCACUUUCGGUCGGUCUCUACCUAACAUUGCAUACACUAUCGGCUUUUCAAAUUCCCCAGCCCCGGACAUUUUAAGGCAACCAUUUCCGCGUUUAUCAAAGCCUGUUUUUGGUAGUGUCUUCCUUUUGUUAUUCAAGCCGCGACAUACAUCCUGUCCUUAACCACAAAUAAUAAUCCCGUAGGCGUGCAUGUAUGGCUGUAGGCUGUGACGCUGUGUUCAAUAGGCGUGCAAAAUAAACAUUCCACAGAGUUUAGCACCAAUGGGGAUUCAUAUUAAAAGUGGGUUUCUUGAACGCAUGUUUUGUCAAAUGACUUUAGUAGAUUGGGAAGUUCACGCAUUUGCCUUGGUGGGUCAUUUCUAGUAGUGUAAUAAAAAUGUGCACUUGACUUAUAGCAUUAAAUAUCUGAUAUCAUAUCAACGAUCUCGGGGCCCCCCCUCCCCCGAUUAAAUGAACAGAAAUCCUUGAAACAUGGGGAAGGGGAACAUGCUGUAUGUUGUGUCUGAUAAAUCACGUGACUCAUUGUUUGAUAAAUCAUUGACUCAUUGGUUGAUAAAUCACGUGACUCAUUGUUUGUUUACCUCACAGGGGCGUGUAACAGUCAGUCUGUUGGUAGCAGGUACCCCGCGCUCUGCUGUGACGAAUACUUUGAAUGUACAGGGGUGAGUUGAACCAAAUAUAAACAUUGAAUGUACAGGGGUGAGUUGAACCAAAUAUAAACAUUGAAUGUACAGCGGUGAGUUGAACCAAAUAUAAACAUUGAAUGUACAGGGGUGAGUUGAACCAAAUAUAAACAUUGAAUGGUCUCGGUAUACUCUCUACUCGACAGCUAGUUUUGACCGACUGUCUGUCCGACUGCAUGUCUGAUCGACUGCUUCAUGUCUACCUGACAGACUUUCUGUCUGACUGCACGUCUUUCUGACCUACCGUCUUUCUCACGACACGUCUGUUGGACCACAUGUCUAUCUGACCUACUGUCUGUCUGACCACAUGUCUAUCUGACCUACGGUCUGUCUGACCACAUAUCUAUCUAACCUACUGUCUGCCUAAACGCAUGUCUAUCUGUUAUACUGUCUGUAUGACCCAUAGGUAUGAUGACCGCAAGUCUUUCUAACUGUAUAUCUACAGGUCUCUUUCUUCCUAACAAAACCUUUUAACAAUCCACUUAUAUCUCUGUAUACAUAUAUUUUUUACUGCAAUGUUUGUAUAUAAUCAUGGAAGAUUUAUUAUUGUAGUCUAAAUUUAUAAAAAAAUUAUCGUUUCAGAUGAUUGUUUCAAAUGAUUGUUUCAAAUGAUUGUUUCAAAUGUAAUAACACAAAUAUAAAGUUAAUAAAUAUAAAUAUAAAGUUAAUUUUAUAAAUAAAAUAUAUUGUAUUUUGGUUUAAAUUCCUAACAUAAUCGCUUUCAUCUGAUCUAUAUACUCUUAAUUCAGACCGGAUUUUCCCAAGGGACCUGUCUUAAAGGAACAGUUUUCAACGCAUCUACUCGCCAGUGUGUUGUUGGUGCAUGCAAUGACGAUCGCCGGUGUUACAGACCCAUAGCUGACGGUAAGUCCUCGAACAAUACACAAAGUAUGACAAGCAAGCUGAAAUAAAGGACGCAACCAAACAAUGAAGGUGUCGGCAAGACGCCUUCUUCAACGAACAAACAACGAGGAAAACAAAAUAUAAAAAUAAACAGCUGAAAUGUUGUAUCCGAGAAGACAGCAAAGGGACACUAAAUGGACAGCAAGAGGGUGGCAAGAGGAAUGUCGAUUGCCCCGAUUAAAGUCUAUUUAAAAAAUGUGAUCCUAAAUAAAUAAAUACAUGUAUUUAUCCGAGCACAUAUAGAAUAAUUUUUUUUCUGCUUAAAUAUAAUAAAUGAUUGUUACAUUUUUUUUUUAAAAGGGAAAGUACAACGAACAACGCAAAUAGUCACCACUAGGUUAUCUAAUCUUACAUACGGCUUUGAAAAGUUCAUCCUUUUUAGUUCGUCUCCUCCAUUUAAUAUGAAACAAUGUGGAGACGCAGUAUUACCAUCAUUAUGAGUGGUACGCUCAAAAAGAAGCAAAUGGCAUGAGACCAAAAUAUGAGACCAAUCAUGGUAAAACCCAUCAAAUGAAGCCCCUAUUUGAAUAGCUACUUAAAAAGAUAUGACUCUGUAUUCCAGACCCGAACUACAAGUGCUUUGAUGUACCGGACGCUGCUGGCAACCCGUGUGUCUACACUACCAGAAUCAACGGUCAAGAAAUCAGAAACCGACCGUGUGCCGACGGUACUGCCUUCAACGGCUCAACGUGUCAAUGCAGUAUCUUUAGUUCGGCCUGUCCCAGCGGUGUCAACCCUAUUGCCAACAAGUACUUGGGUGAAUAUGCUACUAAUAGAAGUCGGCGCCCUUCUCCCUCUUGCUGCCUCUAUGCCAUCUGCCUGUGUUAUCCAUAAUUCAUUAGUUGUAUAGUUAACCAUGCUAAAAUUAGUCAUGUUUUUAACAUUAGUACGCCGACGUGCGUUAUGUCAUUGUUAUCUGUAGUAAAUUAUCCAUGUUCCCAUAGUAUGCCUACUUGUGUAAUGUCAUUGUUAUCUGUAGUAAAUUAUCCAUGUUUCCAUAGUACGCCUACUUGUGUAAUGUCAUUGUUAUCUGUAGUAAAUUAUCCAUGUUCCCAUAGUACGCCUACUUGUGUAAUGUCAUUGUUAUCUGUAGUAAAUUAUCCAUGUUCCCAUAGUACGCCUACUUGUGUAAUGUCAUUGUUAUCUGUAGUAAAUUAUCCAUGUUUCCAUAGUAUGCCUACUUGUGUAAUGUCAUUGUUAUGUGUAGUAAAUUAUCCAUGUUCCCAUAGUACGCCUACUUGUGUAAUGUCAUUGUUAUGUGUAGUAAAUUAUCCAUGUUCCCAUAGUACGCCUACUUGUCAUUGUUAUCUGUAGUAAAUUAUCCAUGUUCCCAUAGUACGCCUACUUGUGUAAUGUCAUUGUUAUCUGUAGUAAAUUAUCCAUGUUUCCAUAGUAUGCCUACUUGUGUAAUGUCAUUGUUAUCUGUAGUAAAUUAUCCAUGUUCCCAUAGUAUGCCUACUUGUCAUUGUUAUCUGUAGUAAAUUAUCCAUGUUCCCAUAGUACGCCUACUUGUGUAAUGUCAUUGUUAUCUGUAGUAAAUUAUCCAUGUUUCCAUAGUAUGCCUACUUGUGUAAUGUCAUUGUUAUGUGUAGUAAAUUAUCCAUGUUUCCAUAGUACGCCUACUUGUGUAAUGUCAUUGUUAUGUGUAGUAAAUUAUCCAUGUUUCCAUACGAUGACAGAUAAUCUUUGCCGAGUUUCCUUCAAUGCCGAGUUCAACACCUUCCCUCUGGGGGCCACCACAGACAAACUAGGCGGGGUCAAUAGGCCCCUACUUAGUUACUUCCAAACAGUCGGUGUUAGGGUCAUUAACGGAAACGCUGUUUUGAGGUUCGAUAUUUGAGGAUUCGUUACGUCAGACGUAGUCUUAAGUCACUUAGUGGUUAGACAAAAUAAUUCCCGUGACCUGUUUAAGGACAUAAUCUUUAUAUUAUGUUUAUGACUUAUGAUUUUAUCGUUUGACCCAUUUAAAAACCAAGCACACAAAGGAAAAAAAAAACAUGGUAGUUUCUAAAAGAAAAAACUAUUUCUAAGACACCGACAGUAGUGAGAAAGGGACUCUUACUGAUAUGUUGUAUUAUUCACAGAACCAAAAAAUGUAAACAUAGUUGACAACACUGACAGAGUACCUGUUACUUGCAUGUGAUCUGAUAGAGUACCUGUUACUUGCAUGUGAUCUGAUAGAGUAUUUGUUACUUGCAUGUGAUCUGAUAGAGUACCUGUUACUUGCAUGUGAUCUGAUAGAGUACCUGUUCCUCACAUGUUGUAUCUUUCACAGACCUGACUUCCUGACUGGCGCCAUUCCCUACAUUUACAAUUACUACCUCAAUGCCAACCAACUGGGGAUGCCUGUGGCCUUCUCCGUGGUCUUCAGAUGGGACAACCCAACCGUAAGUGCCGAAAUACAGCAGUUAGUACAGCACUACAAUAAGUAGAACAACAUAUGAGUAAGUAGAACAACACACCCGUAAGUUGAACAAAACUCCAGUAAAUAGAACAAGUAAGUAGAACAACAUACCAGUAGGUAGAACAACACACCAGUAAGUAGAACAACAUACCAGUAAGUAGAACAACACACCUGUAAGUAGAACAAAACUCCAGUAAAUAAAACAAGUAAGUAGAACAACAUACCAGUAGGUAGAACAACACACCAGUAAGUAAAACAACAUACCAGUAAGUAGAACAACACACCAGUAAGUAGAACAAAACUCCAGUAAAUAGAACAAGUAAGUACAACAACACAUAAGUAAGUACAACACACCAGUAAGAAGAACAACACACUUGUAUUCAUGUCAAUUAAUAAAAUAUGAUCUUUUCAUUACCGUACGAACCAACUAAUUCAUGUUUUGUCCACUGUCCAGAAUGGAGCCUCCCUCGUUUUGUUGACCAACAACUACAACCCAAAUGUGUGCUCACCAACCCUGGAAGUCCGGGUUGCCUACAGUAAGAAUGAUAAUUUAACAACCUAUCAUUUUGGUGCAUCCGAGACAUCGGUUUCUUUAGUAAACGUCCUAUCAUUGUUAUUGAAGAUGGUCAACCUAAUGCCUUUAACAACUUUCAGCCACCGGUCAGUACUCUGUCUUCGUGACGGCAGUGGGAGCUACAGCCACAAGCGCCACCACGCAGGUCAGGAUAUCAGGGAAUACAAUGGGAACCAUUAGCAUGUCGGUAAGUGCAGGCGUUAGACAGCUUGAGGUUUAACACAGGGGCCUAAACUACGGGUGGAAGCCAUGUAACUGUAACAGGACACAUAACGAAACAACAGCAAAGACAAUGAUUUAAGAGAUAUUAAGUAAUACACACAGAAAACGUUAAGUAGAGGCGACAGCAUUGUGACUGUCCAGCCAAACAUGUCCUAGUUAGACAAAGGUGACAGCAUAAUGACUGCCCAGUCAAACAUGUCCUAAUUAGACAGAGGCGACAGCAUAAUGACUGCCCAGCCAAACAUGUCCUAAUUAGACAGAGGCGACAGCAUAAUGACUGCCCAGCCAAACAUGUCCUAAUUAUACAGAGCUGACAGCAUUAUGACUGCCCAGCCAAACAUGUCCUAAUUAGACAGAGGCGACAGCAUAAUGACUGCCCAGCCAAACAUGUCCUAAUUAGACAGAGGCGAUAGCAUUAUGACUGCCCAGCCAAUUCUGUCCUAAUUAGACAGAGGCGACAGCAUUAUAUUGUCUUAUCACCUCCAUUGAAGUGCAUAGUCUUAGCUGCAAGUACACACUUCAAAUCCAUUAGACGCAUAUUUGAUUAUUUCGCUCUCGUCUUGUAUGAAAAUUCACGAAGAUUAAAAUCACAUGUGUUUUCUGCAUCCACUUUCAUAAGGCAGCCUCAGAAUUGAGCCACUAUUAGGUCAGUGCAGCCUUGACCUCGGCUGUUGUACAGUUGAAUACAACAAUUACCACAAUGAGUUAGAAGACCUCUAACCCUUUUUCAGUGUAUAGUAAAUCUAUGUCAUGAAAGAAGGCCAUGCAUUGACUCCAGGUCAUCACAAAUCUAGAAAUGUUUCAAUUUGGUUCGAUGGCAAUAUCCUGCUCUCCGUUCCCAGACAGGUAACUACUUGGAAGCCCUGGUCACCUUCAACGGCACUCUCUCUGGUCAGCUGAUUGACAGGGGAUCUACUGGAUUCGUCAACACGGGGAACUUCGUUAAUCUGCUACCCUCAGCAUACCUGGGAGGUGAGUGUGCCUGAAAAUAUUCUGCCCCCCCCCCAAUAAAAGCAGUUAGCGAGGUAUGGCAGGUAGAUGGUAGAGAGUGAGGGUCAACUCACUCAUGCACAUCAUAGUCUAACACAACCCCGCACAACUCCUGAUGUAAGGCGGGCCGUAAUACUUUAUGAAAAACUUGUGCGGGCCGUAAUAUUUUAUGAAAGGCUUGUGCGGGCCGAAAGAUGAUAGGACAGGGUGGAAAGCUAUUAAGAAAAUAAUAAUAAUAAUAAAGAAUAUUUUGUUAUUUCGCUGGCCGCCAAGUGGGUGCUGGUGGGCCACUUGCAGCUCGCGGGCCGUAUGUUGUGCAGGCCUGGUCUAGCAAUCAGUUGUGAAUAGGUAACUGUAGAUCUUUUUGACACAUGUGUCGUUACUGUGUAGUUACUAAAGCAGCGUCUUGUGAAAAUUAGCUUCAAACUAAUGUUGAUCGUUACGGGUGUAGCAUAUUAUUAUAAAGAUCGUGUUUUGAGCUAAAUUAGUAUUUUACCCAAGUCUUACAAACACAGUGCUUCUAAAACUGGUGUAGCUAGUACCGGAAACCAUAGCCGAAUUCCCCAGUCACGUGAUUCUAUUAGAUUGUAAAAGUUGAAGAAGAUUUUAAAAUGAUCUCAAAAUCAAUAAAUCGGGCUUUGGUUCCUGUCACAUUGGGGAUAACUUUCUGUCUGUCCGUUACAUGUCAAAGUUUGGGAACCACUAUCCAAAAAAAUAUGAUUUGGUCCCCAUGUUCACCUGGUGUCCACCUGAAUCGUGUUCAUUGCAUAUUUGUUACAUACGCCAUUAAAAAUAAAUGUUUAUUUCAGAAUCCCUGGCCGCCAACAAAUGUGGCUUCCUGGUGGGGCGAGGUCUGACCGGGGCCAUAGAGAGGGUAAGUCUUGAGAACCUCCAGAGUCAUCAUCUUGACUUAAAUGUUAAUUACCAUUGUUGCAACUAGUUAUUACCAUUGUUGUACCUAGUUAUUGCCAUUGUUGUACCUAGUUAUUACCAUUGUUGUACUUAGUUAUUUAAGGAACACAAUUCAAGACGAAUUCUUUUGUAAAGCAAACAACAUAAUUAACAACAUUCAUAAUUGUUUAGGCUUAGAUAUCCACGGUGGAAAAUUGAUAUUAAUUUAAGAUCUUUUGUUGUUGUUUGGUGGGGGUGGGGUAUGGGUGGUCAAAUGUUGUUACAUAUUGUGAUGAGAGGUGAAAAGAGGGGGGGGGGGGUAGAGUUGUAAGGGGAAGUAAUGAAUAAAUUUAAGAAAACGAAAACACGCCGCUCUUCUUGAAUGGGGUUAUGGGACUUACAUUUGAACAAAUCUAUUGAUAUUAAUUUAAGAUCUUUUGUUGUUGUUUGGUGGGGGUGGGGUAUGGGUGGUCAAAUGUUGUUACAUAUUGUGAUGAGAGGUGAAAAGAGGGGGGGGGGUGUAGAGUUGUAAGGGGAAGUAAUGAAUAAAUUUAAGAAAACGAAAACACGCCGCUCUUCUUGAAUGGGGUUAUGGGACUUACAUUUGAACAAAUCAUUGACAUUGGUCAAUGUUGACAUGCAUGAAUGACGUAACAAAUCAGGUGUAGGUGGCAAAUUGUUAGCGAAUUGUUCCAUAAUUCCAUCAGUUCAAUGCCAUAACACUCUGUUGUCCACAGUUCCGUGUCUAUGAGGGGUGUGGCGACUUUGCACGUCUCCGUGUAUGAGCCAGAUGACGCUGACACACUGGCACGCUGGCGCGCCGUCACAAUGGCACGCCGUCACGAUGGCACGCAGCUUUCGAUUUGUCAACCAGACAUCUUACAAUAACAAUCUCAGUAAUAAUAGUCCAACCCCACUGUUAAAUUAAUAAAAUAAUGUCAAUAUUUCUCUU